GCUCUGUCUUUCUACCUGACAAAAAACAAGAGUAUGCUGACAUUUCUCUCCCCACAGUUUCAUUUACAAGAAGAGUAACUGAAACAGGUUUGAGGACAUCUGCAUGGAACAGUGUUAACAGUCCAGCAAACCCACGUCUCCUUGGCUAUACGCAGACGGAUCAACCCUGGAUAACCACCUGUUUGGACACUUUACACACUAACUCCCUCAGGGGGUUGUUGAGGUGAUGGAGGCAAAGGAACACUGGUCCCUGCCAAGGUUUCUGGUUCUUGCUAUGGUAAUAGCUCAAGGGACAACUUGUAAAUGUCUUUCUAGUCCUCAAUGCUACAAGAAAACUGAAAAAGCUACCACCUAUACGUGUGAAUGGACGUCUGGGUCUAUGCAAAAUGCCACCUAUGAGCUUUUUUACAAGCGCUCCAAUUCUACGGAAAAUAAAAAAUCAUUGGGCAAAAAUCAGCAGAGCUAUAUCUUUGUGAAUGACGAUAAAGUGCUCGAAAAAGUGCCCGUGGAUCUAUGGGUGGUUGCUUAUAUGGGCAACUGGAGCUGCCAGUCACUCAGUACCUCUGUUCGACUUAAUGAAAGUGUUAAGUAUGAAGCGCCCCAAAAUAUGUCUAUGUCAAGAUCCUCAAGUAAUCUUACCCUCAGCUGGGUUAACAAGGAAGAAGUGAAAAAUCACAUGCCGGAAGAUGUUGUAUUAGAGGUCAAGUUCAGCACAUUAGAGAAAACCUCCGGGGUAUGGAACACAACUGAAACAGAAGUCAAACAAGCCAUGGUCACUCUGGAGAUUCUCCAGAACCAACACAUGUACCAACUGCAGGUCAGACAAAAGUCCAAGCAUGUCAAACGUCCCCUGUGGAGCGACUGGACUCCAAUCUUGGACGUUCCCACUGAAAUCCAAAAUGCCACAGAGGUUAAGUGGACAGUGGAGGAUUUUAACAACGGUACCCGACUCCUCAAUCUGACUUGGGGUACACCACCUUAUCCAGUCUCUGUGGGACAGGUGAAUUACAACCUCUCUCUCCAUAUUUGGCCUUGCCAACUAAAGCGAAAGAACCACACCAAUAUCACUACCACUGAGUUUAGUGUUUAUGUGACUUACUCUGCUGUCAGUGGUUACAUUUUUGCCUUUAAUAAGGUGGGAAAGUCAUCGCAGACACAUAUCCUUGUCCCAGCAAAACAUCUUACAUAUCCCAGGAAGUCUUGGCCUGAUGACAAACUCAUCCCACGCAAUUAUAACCCUCGCCUUAAAAAUUCCUGUCUGGAAUGGUACAAGCUAACAGACGGAGAAACACAACCAGCCAAAGUGAAUAUAUCAAAAAUGAUAAAUGGAACAGUGGAGGAAACACUCAAAUCUGUCAGACAAAAGAUGGACGACUAUGUACGUUACUUUUACCUCGUUCACAAACAAACUGAUGGAAAGCCACAAACAACAGAAAUGCGUCUCAUGUACAAAAAAGAGGGUGCAGCUAGUAAGGCACCUGAGGAUUUCACUGUUAAAGUAGUAACCAACUCUGCAGUGCUGCAUUGGAAACCUAUUCCUGUGCAAGACCAGCAAGGCUUCCUUACACACUACGAAGUCUGCUACACAAGAAGCCAAAAUAAUGGGGCCCACAUUGAAAUAAAAAAGUGUCACAACAUUUCAGCAUCAAAAACAGAGUACCUUAUUCAAAACCUGACACCUGAGUCCGACUACAAUAUCUAUCUUGCUGGAGCAACAGCUGCAGGCUCAGGACGAAAUAUAUCUAUCCAUAUCUUGACAAAGCCUCAACACAGGUCCAUUACUGGCUGGAUGAUAGCUGGCAGAAUUGUUUUAAUUGCAAUAUUAAUAACAAUAUGCUUAUUUAUCAUCAAGAGACAUAAAAGCAAGAUCUUCCCACCAAUACCACGUCCUAUGGUCGCAGAGUCCAAGAACUAUCGAGCGAGUACUCAGGACAUGUAUGAGAUUAAGGAAGAGGUGCAUGAGCUGCAGCUACAUGACAAGAGCAGCCAAGAUCCCAACCCUGAGGAAGCCACUCUCCUGGAGGUGUGUGAAGACGAGAACGAGAAGAGCCUUGGAGACUCCAGCACACCAGAUGGAGUCAGUGACCCACUGACCUCUGAUUUUAAGGGCCAGGUGUUAAGUUUAGAAACCGCCGAUCCAAGCCAAGGAGAGAUUGACUGUGAAGUCACCAUGCUGAUGUAUAGGAACGGUCUGGUCUUUGAUAUGAAGGCAGACUCCACCGAGGAUGUCGGGACGCCACUGUAGACAUCACUGCGGUAGCACUUACUUAAAGACUGUAAUUAAAAUGCAUUAUGGUGCAUUAUAAGACUUGUCAUAACUUAAUCAUGCAAGACCCCCUUAACAUGGUGUAUUGUAGUUUCCUAUUGAUCCUGAGUAAAUAACAGCCAUUUUGAGUCAGUUGAGAAACAUGACAUAAUAUAAGUAAGCAAUAAGGCCCGAGGGGAUGUGGUAUAUGGCCAAUACCAUGGCUAAGAGCUGUUCUUAGGCAUAACACAGCACCCUUAGCUAUGGUACAUUGGCCAUAUACCACAAACCCCUGAGGUGCCUUAUUGCUAUUAUAAACUGGUUACUAAGAUAAUUAGAACAGUAAACAAGUAAUUUUGUGUCAUGCCCGUGGUUUUCAGCCAAUCAGCAUUCAGGGCUUGAACGACCAGGUUUAUAAUAAUCCUUACAAUAACACAUUAUAAAAGGUCCAAAUCAAAUCAAAUCAAAUUUAUUUAUAUAGCCCUUCGUACAUCAGCUGAUAUCUCAAAGUGCUGUACAGAAACCCAGCCUAA